GUCUACCUCGUCGGCGGGUGUGUCAGUGUGUGUGUGCGUGUGAGUGAGUGUGUGUGUGUGAGUGUGUGUUUGGAUAAACCUAGGAAGUAAAGUUUUCGGGUAGGACGACGCCGAGACGUGAACCCUGCAUUUCUUUAAGAAGCUGUGAUUUAAAACUAAAACGUCGCCGAACUGCUGGGAAAUUACUUGUUAACCAUUUAAAACGGUGAAUAUGCAAUUCAUUCGCUUACCUUUUUUUCUAGAAACUCAGGUGAAGAAACAUAUUUUUCCCUGAAGUUGUGCGACCGGAUUUCGGAAACGCCAAAGACCUUCCUCUUCCUCCCGUUUUCAGGAAUAUUUCGGCAUUAGAAAAGGAAAUGAGUGGGUUUUUCUGUAAAGUGGAUGCUGGCCGAGAGUUGGGAGAGUGAGUUAUGCUGAGGCCUGUCUGUACAUCAGGAUGAGCUAUACAGAUGGAUCCGGGCGCCCUGAACAUAAUGGAGAGGCCCGAGUUGUGCAGAUCUACCCCAGGCUGCCCCGGGACACUUCCACCUACUGUCCCCUGCAGGUCAGCGGAGGGGACACGGCCAGGGCGGUCAUCCACAAUGCAGUGAUCACUCUGGGCCUGGACGCCAGCCAGAGGUACAGCCUGCUGGAGGUGAGGAAGAGCGGCGGGGAGGAGAGGCUGCUGGAGGCCGGGGACCACCCUCUGGAGAGAGUCCUGCUGUGGCCCCGCAAGGCUCAGAGGUGGCACCCUCAGAGUGAAGGGCACUACUUCAUCCUGCAGAAAGACAACAGUGCAGGCAACCAACUACAAAGCGACAGAGGCGGCUACGAUGACCUCUGCAACCUCCAAACUGUGACUGAGGAGAGCAUCCUGAAGGCUUUACAUAAUCGCUUCUACAGGCUCAACAUCUACACCUAUGCCAGCAACAUCCUCAUCGCCAUCAACCCCAACAAGUUCCUGCCUCUUUACUACAACCCAAAGUUUGUGAAGAAGUACGAAAACCAGCCACUGGGCAAACUGAGCCCUCAUAUAUUUGCAAUAGCAGACGUGGCUUUCCGUGCGAUGCUGACCAGGCAGAAGAACCAGUGCAUCGUGCUGUCUGGAGAGAGUGGCUCCGGGAAGACUGAGAGCAGCAGUUAUCUCAUCCACUGCCUCACCGCGCUCAGCCAGAACUCCAGCGGACUCGAACGCACCGUCCUUGGGGCCGGCCCGGUGCUCGAGGCCUUUGGCAAUGCUAAGACAGCAGAGAAUAACAACUCCAGUCGCUUUGGGAAGUUCAUCCAGCUCAACUAUCUGGAGAGCGGUGUCAUCAGAGGGGCAGUUAUCGAGAAGUACCUUCUAGAAAAGUGCCGUCUGGUGUCCAGAGAUCAAAGAGAGAGGAACUACCACGUGUUUUAUUACCUGCUGGUGGGCGCGUCGAAAGAAGAGAAAGAGGAGUUUCGUCUGUUAGAGCCGCAGGAUUAUCUCUACCUCAAGCAGGAUGAUCUCCAUUUGGAUGAUAAGGAGAAACUUAGGCAAGAGUACAAGAGGCUCCAUCAGGCUAUGGAGAUGGUUGGCUUCCUGAGCUCCACCAAGAAACAUAUUUUUUCCAUCCUCUCUGCCAUCCUGCACCUGGGAAAUGUGACGUAUUCGCAGUCAGAGGACGCAGAAGUCCUGGAGGUCGGACCGGCAGACGUUUUGUCCACACUGUCCGACCUGCUCAAAGUGAAAAAGGAGCUUCUGGUGAAGACUUUGACCAAGAAGAGAGAAGUGACGGCCACGGAGAGCGUAGAUUCACCGUACACACUCCAAGAGGCCUACAAAGUGCGGGACUCCAUGGCGAAGUCUUUAUACGGCGCUCUGUUUGACUGGAUCGUCCUCCACAUCAACCACGCAAUGCUCAACCGACGAGACAUGGAGGAGUCCGUCUCUUGUUUGUCGAUCGGUGUCCUGGAUAUGUUUGGAUUUGAGAACCUCAAGACAAACAGCUUUGAGCAACUGUGCAUCAACUACACUAAUGAGAGACUGCAGUGUUACAUCAACCAGCACAUCUUCACGCUCAAGCAGGUAUGUGUUAUUUUAUUCUUUCAAGAUAUUCAAGAGUGUUGGCAUUAA